CCGCCCUCCUCUCUCCACCGCCUUGGAACCUCCCGAGGCUCCCCUGACGAAUACUACACUAGCUUGAGACUGCCGGAGAAGACGUAGCCAGCCAUGGGUCAAUCACCGUCGCAGUUCAUGGAGGAUAUGCAGAAGCGGUCCAACUUCACCGCGAGCGAGUUGGAACGUCUGAAGAAGCGGUUCAUGAAGCUCGAUAGUGAUGGCUCGGGAUCGAUAGAUCGUGAAGAGUUCUUGCAAAUACCGCAGAUCGCGAACAACCCGCUGGCGUCCCGGAUGAUCGCUAUCUUCGACGAGGAUGGUGGAGGAACUGUCGACUUCCAAGAGUUCGUCGGUGGAUUGAGCGCGUUCAGCAGCCGAGGCGGGAGAGAAGAGAAACUUCGAUUCGCGUUCAAGGUGUACGACAUGGACAGGGACGGAUUUAUAUCAAACGGCGAGCUCUUCCUUGUCCUGAAGAUGAUGGUCGGCAACAACUUGAAGGAUCAACAAUUACAGCAGAUCGUAGACAAGACGAUCAUGGAGGCGGACAAGGAUGGAGACGGCAAGCUCAGCUUCGAGGAGUUUGCGCAGAUGGUUUCAAACACGGAUAUCGUGAAGCAAAUGACCCUCGAAGACCUCUUCUGACCGUCCAUCGACUGCUCCUAUGUCUCCCGUCACCGUCUUUCUGCUUUCUCUCCUAGCAUACCCAUCAACUGUCGAUUUCACCUCCGCUGUUAGGCAUAGCACACGUUUCCUCCUCUAACUUGUCCCUUUCUUUGCACGCUAUGGGUGAUGAUAGUCUAAUGAUACUGUAGCGAUACCAAACAUACC